AGGAGGCGGAGGAGGAAGGCAGCCGGCUCGGCCCAGGCCUCCAGCCCGUGAGGGAGAGCCCCCCGGGGGCGGGCCGCGGCGGCAUGCGGCUCCUCGGCCGGCCCGGCCCGCUCCGCAGCACUGCCCUGGCUGCCCGGCCGCCAGGCAGGCUCAGAGCGGGGCCGGCGGCGCGGCGGCGCUUCUCGACCCGCGGGCGGCCCGGCGGCACCAUGGCAGAGGAGGCCAAGAAGCUGGCAGCCUUCGCUGCCGUGGACCAGCACGUCCAGAACAAUCAGGUCCUUGGCAUCGGGAGCGGCUCCACGGUCGUCCAUGCUGUGCAUCGAUUAGCCCAGCGGGUUAGAGAGGAGAACCUGAGCAUUGUCUGCAUCCCAACCUCCUUCCAGGCCCGGCAGCUCAUCCUGCAGAGCGGCCUCACGCUCAGCGACCUGGACCGGCACCCCGAGCUUGAUGUUGCCAUCGAUGGAGCAGAUGAAGUGGACUCUGACCUCAACCUCAUCAAAGGUGGAGGCGGCUGCUUGACCCAGGAGAAGAUCGUUGCAGGCUAUGCCAAGUGCUUCAUCGUGAUCGCCGAUUACAGGAAAAGAUCCCAGAGCCUGGGGGAGCACUGGAAGAAGGGAAUUCCCAUCGAGGUGAUCCCCAUGGCUUACGUCCCUGUCAGCAGAGCCCUGAGCAGGAGCUUCGGGGGCACGGCGGAGCUGCGCAUGGCGGUCAGCAAAGCGGGCCCUGUGGUGACAGACAAUGGGAACUUCAUCCUGGACUGGAAGUUUGACAAGGUCCAUGACUGGAGUGAAGUGAACACUGCUAUAAAAAUGAUACCAGGCGUGGUGGAGACCGGGCUGUUCCUGGGCAUGGCGCAGGCGGUGUACUUCGGCAUGCAGGACGGUUCUGUCAGCGUCCUCCAGCGCCAGCCCUGCUGACCCGCGGCCC